GUCCUGCGUUCUAUAGGAGUUAAUGUAAUGAAAAUUAGUUUUGUAUAACAACUUAAGUGGAAAUCAGUUUUUCCGAGUUACAGUAGGCCUAAAUGUAAAUCUAUCUUUAAUAGGCCUAUUGAUUACGGUAUUAAUUUUUAAAUAUUUAUCUUAGAUAAAUAUAAAAUGUUUAUGGACUUUGUAUUUACCGGGGUGAAGUCUUAAGAAUUACAUAUUUUUUUAUGUUCUUCUUUUAUUAAUUUAGAGAAUUAACAUUGCUAAAUUAACACUUCAUAGAUGUUCACUCGUACAGCUAAUAUAGUGGUUAGCGCUGUGGCACUUCAUGCUAGGUGUUCUAAUAAAUUUUUGUAGUUUUUACAUUCGAGUGUAGCAAUAAAAUGUAUAAUCGCAUUGUGCUUAAUUCCAUAAGUUUAGUAAGAUUUAAAAUGUGUUUAAUCAUAUGGACAUUUAGAUAGUACCAUAUAGGCCUAAUCGGAGUUUUCAUUUUUGGAUAUUGUGAAACAAAAUAAAUAAGUUAACCUAACAUAAUAACUGUCAAGCUAUACCGUUCUUAGUGCUAAAUUUUCUAACAAACUACAUGUUAUUGUGAAUUAUAGCGUCCGAAAUUAUCACAAGUUUAUAGCUAAAAUAAUGCAGGCGAAGCCACUUGAUAUGGUACUGUCACGCAAAUUUGGUGGCGAUGUAUGACGAUGAUUUAAUUUUCGAUUUGCACGAAAUGGUAUUCUUAUUUUUCAAUUUAUGUGUAUUAAAAUUAUACUAAAGUUAUAUCCAUUAGGUGUAUUAUAGAUUUUGACUUAUAUGCUGUGCUUUGUAAUAAAAUCUAUUGACAAAAAGAUAUGAUUUUAAUUUCGCUUUGAUGAAAUUCGUCUAAUAAUUUUGACUCACGGAACACUAGAUAAAGGUGGCUAUUAUCCGCAUUUUAAUGAAAUUUGAAAUUUAGGUUGUUUAACUCAAAAAAUAGUUAUUCUGUACCAAGGUAUGUGACUCUAAUUUUGUUUUGAUGAAAUUUUUCAUAUAAAUUUUACUUCUGAACACUAGAUAAAAUUGACUAUUAGGCCUAUUCGUAUUUUGAUGAAAUUUGAAAUUUAGGCAGUUAUUUAUCUCCAAAAUUGUUAUUCUGUGCACUUGUAGUUAAAAAAUAUUUAUUUUAAAGUUUAUAACUCAAUGAUUUUAUAUAACAGUAAGAGAGGAAUAACGUAGAUAAGAUCAAUAUUGUAGUAAAUUACCUUAAAUAGAUCAUUGUGACACACAUGAGUUAUUAGAUUGGAUGCUCCAUUGGUGGUUGAUUGAGCUGAGCGGUGCAGCAGCAUUCUUCUUGAUUCUAAGAUUAAUUAUUCUUUCAUGAAUGCAUCACGUCAAUCAACUGAGUUUAAAACCGCUGAAAAUAUAACAUGCUAAAUAGGAUUCACUGAUACGUAUGAUCCGGGGGAAUGUCUAUGCUAAUAUCAAAAUAUUACUUUUGAUAAUCAGCACAUUCAGAGUAGAUAUUUAACUAGGAACAACGCGCUUGGCUGUGGUCAAUGUUUUUGUUAGUUUUGUGGUCAAUGUUACGGUCAGGGGUAUGGUUCGUCCUUGAUUUUAUUAGUGAUAUGCGUAUUUGUAUAUUUCGUGACGAGCUAUAAAUCGCAGAAUGAUAUUGCAACGACUUUGAUUGUGUAUCUCAUGUCUGCACUUCCUAAUCGACUAAGUAGAUAUAAGAUGAAAGAAAAAAUUGUCCAAUGGAUCAUUGCACACUACGCAGAACCAACGUCAGAAUAGUUUUGAGUAUUGAGUUCACACCAUAGAUCAUCAGAAUAAAUACAAGAUAUUUCGUGGUUAGUUCUAGAUGAAAUAAAAUGAUGUUGAACUCUUCAACACACACGUCCAAAACAUUAUUAUAUGGCGCCGCUCCUACUGGUGUUGGAUUGAUUUUCACCAACAUGUUUGUCUGUAUACUGUCAGUACUAACCAUAGGCGGAAAUGCUUUAACAAUUACGGUAUUUUCACGAGACUCGUCACUUCGAAACAACCCACAGAGCAACCGGCAUAUCAUGAGUUUAGCCGUUGCUGAUCUUGCCGUUGGACUAAUUCCUCUGCCACUACUGGUUGUCAUCAACAUCGCAGACAUUUGGCCGUUUGGAAUUCCUCUCUGCAUGCUCAAGUCCAUAGUAGAGGGAACAUUCUUAAUUGUUACAAUAUUCACAAUCGCGUUCAUUAGUUUGGAUCGUUACCUGCUAGUCCACAAGGAGUAUCCAAACUAUCUUAAAAUCCAAACAAAACUACGGGUAAAUCUUCAGAUUGCUUUUACCUGGACGUUCUCAGUAGUCUUAAUGGUGACAAAUGAAAUCCUUUAUUUCUACCAAAUUGGUUUUGAGUCUAUGUACAACUUAUUUUGCAACUUCCACACCAACCCUGACACAAACAUAUUCCUUCUUAUAAUUUUACUUUUUAUCCCAAUGUUAGCUAUUAUGUAUUUCAACAUUAAAACAUUUUUAAAUAUUCGGAAGCGUAUACUCCGGAGACGGAGAAUAGGUGUCGAGCAGACACUUACCGUCAGAAGCACGUCCGUUGUUCUUGAACGACCGUUAGGCAUAAACGAAAAUGAAACAAGAAAUGAAAUUCUAACAGGUAGGCCUAACCUAGAAAGAAACAUAGAUCUGGUAACCUAUCAUGAAAAUGCAAAUUGCCACAACUUUGGCAAAACUAACCGAGAUCACCCUCAAAGAUCUCAAAAUACGUCAGGAAAUGCUCACAAUCAAGACCUAAAUGAAAACAAAAGGUGCAAAUUAACCUGUCAAAUUCACCAAGAAUCUAAAAAUGUUAGAAAGGGAAACUUAACAAAAUAUCCUUGGGCAAGAACGAGUAUUAGUGUUAUAGGUUCACGUUCAGGAAAGAGCCAAACAAAAGAUGCCAGUUUUAAGCGAAGAUAUGUCCGCCCUGCUAUGAUGAUGGGUGUGUUGUUAUCGACUUUUUUGAUCUGUUGGGUACCUCUCGGUGUAACCGGUUUUAUGAAGAAUUUUAAAACGGUUUUUGAAGAUCCCAGACUUUGGAAGUGGAUCCAUAUUUGCAUGUACAUGGACUCAUUGUUUAACCCAAUACUCUACGCCAUUACAAACAAGAAGAUUCGGAUAGCUAUGAUAAAAUGCUUCAAAAGAAAUUGAAUAUAGAUUAUUGUUUAAUUCGCUA